AACAUACCUCACUGUGACAUUCUGCCCAUAUAAAUCGCUGUGCCGCAACACGAAGGGGUGUCCGCGUAUCGCUGGGCCAUAAAAUCAUUCCUCCUGCUCUUCAUGAGCUCGAACGCCUCCUUGGGUGUCGAGUUGGAAACGCAUUCGCCCAUCCCUUGCCUAAAUUCUGCUUCGCCGACUGAACGUAUUCUCGCAUGGAUUCGUACCCGUUUAAAGUAUGAGUACGCAAUGCAGAUGGUCGUCGAAGCGCUGACCGCCCAAUGCUAUAUAGACCAAAAGUCCGAAGAUACCAUCUGGGCUGAUCCCACCGAUCAACCUGAAGUUCGUCUUUGUCCUCAUCGCACGCAUUAUCUCUGCAAUUUGGGUAUUUCCAUCGAUAUAUUCCAUGGCUAUGAAUUCCGAUCCACAGGUGCAGCUAUGAGCGUAGAUAACCAGAGUGAGUAUGCUGAGAUCGAGGGCACCCUACGGCGGACCACAUCUGCCAUCGGAAGGUGGUAUCGGAAUCGAUUGGAAAGUGCAAAACAAAGUGAAAGGAGCGGUCGGAUUGACUAGUGUCAGGGUUAAGGAUGUGUACGAAAUCGUAACUUCCUUGCAUAACCUCGGUGCUAUCUAAUCUAGAAACAAGCUUCGAGGAUAAAAUCGCAGUGGGUCUCUCUACGGGGGCAAAAAAUAUCCCCUUUGAGAGAGAAUCAACGACCUCGGCGA